UGUGGUACUUUAUACAACACUGUUAAAGAGUAUUUUAUAGAUUUCAUCAGAUGCUAGGCAACAAAGUGACCUGAUGACGUGUUACGCCUCCUCUGUACGUGAUGACGUUUUCGGCAGGAAUGCGUGUGAUUUGCGGAGUUCCGCAGCAGGGAGGGUGACGGGAAGUCAAGCCGCCUCCCAUCCGGUAUAAAACCUCCCGGUCCGGCCACAGACUUCCUCUUUCUGUUACCUGGCUAGGGGCAGCUGCUUAGGCCGUGAAAACCCUGAAACACCGAAACCAACAAUGGGAAAGGAAAAAACCCACAUCAACAUCGUGGUCAUUGGCCAUGUCGACUCCGGCAAGUCCACCUCCACCGGCCACCUGAUCUACAAGUGCGGAGGGAUCGACAAGAGAACCAUCGAGAAGUUCGAGAAGGAAGCCGCCGAGAUGGGUAAGGGCUCCUUCAAGUAYGCCUGGGUGUUGGACAAACUGAAGGCGGAGCGUGAGCGUGGUAUCACCAUCGACAUCGCUCUGUGGAAGUUUGAGACCAGCAAGUACUACGUGACCAUCAUCGACGCCCCUGGACACAGGGACUUCAUCAAGAACAUGAUCACUGGUACCUCCCAGGCUGACUGCGCUGUGCUGAUCGUGGCUGCUGGUGUCGGUGAGUUCGAGGCCGGUAUCUCCAAGAACGGUCAGACCCGUGAGCACGCCCUGCUGGCCUUCACCCUGGGUGUGAAGCAGCUCAUCGUCGGCGUCAACAAGAUGGACUCCACCGAGCCCCCUUACAGCCAGAAGCGCUUCGAGGAGAUCCAAAAGGAAGUGAGCACCUACAUYAAGAAGAUCGGCUACAACCCGGCCGCCGUGGCCUUCGUCCCCAUCUCUGGAUGGCACGGAGACAACAUGCUGGAGGCCAGCGACAAGAUGAGCUGGUUUAAGGGCUGGAAGAUCGAGCGUAAAGAGGGCGGAGCCACAGGUGUGACCCUGCUGGAGGCCCUGGACUCCAUCAUGCCCCCGAGCCGACCCACCGACAAGCCCCUCCGUCUGCCCCUGCAGGACGUUUACAAGAUCGGCGGUAUCGGAACAGUCCCAGUCGGUCGUGUUGAGACCGGUGUCCUGAAGCCCGGCAUGGUGGUCACCUUCGCUCCCCCCAACCUGACCACUGAGGUGAAGUCCGUGGAGAUGCACCACGAGUCUCUGCCCGAGGCCGUGCCCGGAGACAACGUGGGCUUCAACGUGAAGAACGUCUCAGUGAAGGAGAUCCGUCGUGGAUACGUGGCCGGUGACAGCAAGAACGACCCGCCCAAGGCUGCCGACAGCUUCAACGCACAGGUCAUCAUCCUGAACCACCCCGGUCAGAUCAACGAGGGCUACGCCCCCGUGCUGGACUGCCACACCGCCCACAUCGCCUGCAAGUUCAGCGAGCUGAAGGAGAAGAUCGACCGCCGGUCCGGCAAGAAGCUGGAGGACAACCCCAAGUUUGUCAAGUCCGGAGACGCCGCCAUCGUCAAACUGAUCCCACAGAAGCCCAUGGUGGUGGAGCCCUUCUCCAACUACCCUCCUCUUGGUCGCUUCGCCGUGCGUGACAUGAGGCAGACUGUGGCCGUCGGCGUCAUCAAGGCCGUGGACACCAAGGAGGUGAGCGGGAAGACGACGAAGGCUGCAGAGAAGGCCCAGAAGAAGAAAUGAAUGGUGGUGCAGGACGUCCGGCAGCUGGGGGUCUCUCCCUCCAUGGCCUCCCACCACCCCGGCUCUUCUCCCAGGCACAGCUCUCUACUCAAGGACUGGCUCAUGCUGAUUAAAACCCAUCGCAAAAGUUUCCGCAGGAAAAAGCAACUCCGUGGCAUCGCCUCAGUUUAAGUUUGAAAUGGUUUAGAACUGUAUGUCAAUCUUUAAAAUAUGCCACAAAUUAAUUGGUUUAAAAAAAAAACAAAUAAGCUGCUGGUAACUAAUGAAAAAUAAAUCUCUGAAAAAAUUGCAA